CCGCUGAUCCCGCCCGCGCUCCGUCAGUCCGUCAGUCAGUCAGUCCGUCCGCCUGCCUGCCAGCUCGCUCGCUCGCAGCCCGGCGGGCGGCCAGUUCGCCGCUCGCUCGGAGGGAGAGGGGGCGCGCUGGCCGCGGCGCCGCCCGAGGGAGGCUCGCCGCGCCCGUCCCGGCGGCGUCCGUCCGAGGCGGGCGAGGACUAUGAGAAGAUGGUCGUGCAGGCGCGGAGCAAGCACCGAGAGGCGGCGGCCGCUCCCCCCCGCGCCUCCCCGCAGCCGCGCCGGGCCGUGGGCGCCGGCGAGCCCGAGCUCGAGCUGCCCGGCGGCCGCGUGCUCCCGGCGGCGCCCCCCAGCGGCGGGCGGCGGCCCGGCAGGAGGGGGCAGCGGCCCGAGCCCGCGCACCCCUCACGCAGCCUCCUGUCCCGCCUGUCGGCGGGGCUCCGCGCGCGGCUGGGCCAGCGCCCGGCGGGGGGCCGGGGCCGGACGUGGACCACGCUGCUGCUCGCUGCUUUUGCUGGGAUUUUGCACUGGAGUCACAUAACAAGUCUCUUUGAAAAUGAUCGUCAUUUUUCUCACCUCUCAACACUGGAAAGGGAGAUGGCUUUUCGCACUGAAAUGGGACUUUAUUAUUCCUAUUUCAAAACCAUCGUAGAAGCCCCUUCAUUUUAUAAUGGAGUGUGGAUGAUUAUGAAUGACAAGCUCACGGAAUAUCCUCUUGUGAUUAAUACAUUGAAACGAUUCAAUCUGUACCCAGAGGUAGUCUUAGCCAGCUGGUAUCGCAUAUAUACCUGGAUAAUGGACCUGUUUGGCAUUCAGACCAAGAUAUGCUGGACCGUUACCCGAGGAGAAGGGCUUAGUCCUAUAGAAAGCUGUGAAGGCCUGGGCGACCCUGCCUGCUUUUAUGUCGCAGUGAUUUUUCUAUUAAAUGGACUGAUGAUGGCUUUGUUUUUCAUCUAUGGCACAUACUUAAGUGGGAGUCGACUAGGAGGCCUAGUUACAGUAUUGUGCUUCUUUUUCAACCAUGGAGAGUGUACACGUGUGAUGUGGACCCCGCCUCUCCGUGAAAGUUUCUCAUACCCAUUCCUUGUACUCCAAAUGUUGCUUGUGACUCAUAUUCUCAGGGCUACACAUGUCUACAGAGGAAGCUUGGCUGCGCUCUGCGUCUCAAAUGUCUUCUUUAUGCUUCCUUGGCAGUUCGCUCAGUUUGUCCUUCUCACUCAGAUAGCAUCAUUAUUUGCUGUAUAUGUUGUGGGUUACAUUGACAUAUGUAAAUUAAAGAAGAUCAUUUACAUCCACAUGAUCUCUCUUGCACUUUGUUUUAUUUUGAUGUUUGGAAACUCAAUGUUACUAACUUCUUAUUAUGCCUCCUCUUUGGUUAUUAUCUGGGGCAUCCUGGCAAUGAGACCACGUCUCCUGAAAGUGAAUGUGUCUGAACUCAGCUCGUGGGUUAUUCAAGGAUGUACUUGGUUGUUUGGAACAGUCUUAUUGAAGUACUUGACCUCCAAAAUCUUAGGCAUUGCUGAUGAUGCUCACAUCAGCAACCUGUUAACCUCCAAAUUCUUCAGCUAUAAGGAUUUUGACACUUUGAUGUACACCUGUGCUGCGGAGUUUGACUUCAUGGAAAAAGAGACUCCAUUGAGGUACACGAGGACGUUGCUUCUUCCGGUUGUUCUUGUGGUAUUUGUGGCAAUUGUUAGAAGGACUAUUAGUGAUAUUUUGUGUGUGUUAUCUAAGCAGCGUACACAGAUAAGGAAGCACCAGUUUGAUCAUGGAGAGUUGGUUUAUCAUGCGUUGCAACUAUUAGCUUAUACAGUUCUUGGUAUUUUAAUUAUGAGACUGAAACUCUUUCUGACACCACACAUGUGUAUCAUGGCUUCUUUGAUCUGCUCGAGACAGCUCUUUGGGUGGCUCUUUUGCAAAGUGCACCCCAGUACUGUGGUUUUCGCUGUAUUAGCUGUCAUGUCAGUACAAGGGUCCGCCAACCUGCAGGACCAAUGGAACAUCAUCGGGGAGUUUAGCAAUUUGCCACAGGAGGAACUUAUAGAGUGGAUCAAAUUUAACACCAAACCAGAUGCUGUUUUUGCUGGUGCAAUGCCCACAAUGGCAAGUGUUAAACUUUCUGCCCUGAGACCCAUUGUUAACCAUCCCCAUUAUGAGGAUGCAGGUUUGAGGGCAAGAACAAAAAUUGUCUACUCAAUGUACAGUCGAAAAACAGCAGAAGAAGUGAAGCAGGAAUUAUUCAAAUUGCGAGUCAACUAUUACAUUCUAGAAGAGUCGUGGUGUAUAAGAAGAACGAAGCCUGGUUGCAGUAUGCCUGAGAUUUGGGAUGUGGAAGAUCCUUCUAACGCUGGCAAAACCCCAUUAUGCAGCAUCUUGGCAAAGGACUCGAGACCUCAUUUUACCACAGCAUUCCAAAACAGAAUUUACAAAGUGUUGGAAGUUAUUAAAGAGCGAUGAAUGCUACUUGAACCACUGUUGGAGAAAGAACCACAUUAGAAAGUGUUGUUUAACCUUUUGCUAUUAAUUCAUUAAGAUCAUUUUAAUUUACAUCUCAGAAGUUUUAUAGGAAAAUUUUCAAAUAUAAAACAUUUUAGUUUAAAAAUUUGUCAGAUAAUAACUACUUUUACCUUUAUGAUGUAGUUUCUGUUAAAGUCGUGCCCUUGAAAUUUGCUAUGCAAAUUAUCAUAUGCUUACAUAUCCCAUAAAUAAAUAUCCCUCCUACAAAAAUUGAGGAGGGGGCCUGUAUAGAAGUGGAGGUUGCCAAUUGUAGUCCUGAAAUAGGGCCAGUCCUGGGGUCCUUAGCCCUGCUUCCCCUCUUCACCCUUUUGCAAUUCCAGUGCUCAUCACCCUCUGCUGCCAGAAGGUGAACAGGACAGGGAGAAAAUGAGAAAAUUCAAGGUCAUAGCUUGGGCUGGUUGGUAGGAGCGCUAGUGAAAAAAAACUUGGCCAAGCAGCCAUGGAGAGUCCUCUCUAGAGCCUUCUGAGAAAUUUCUUUGGAUUUUGUGUUUUUAUGUUCUUUCUGUUGUCCAUUGCCAUGAGCAAUCCAGAGUUGCCUGCCUCUAAGUUAAUUCAAACCCUUUUGCAUAGUGGUUAUGAUUUUUGCCUGUGUUAUCAUUUAGCAACAGGUUCCUUAAAAUAUUAACCAUUAUAACACAUUUCUCUUUCCCACAUCUCACUGAUUACCUGAAUAUUGGUAAGAUUUCUCUACGCCUGAGAAAUCCACUUAUUCCUGGUAACCUUGUAAAUUUUUUUUUUUACUUUUUGAAUGUAUUAAAUAUCUUUCAUGUUUUUUAACCAUUUUUAAGCUUGUUAUAUUUUUAGUUGCAAUAAGAUGCAAAAAAAUCUUGAAAGUCUCCAAAUAUAUCCUAUAGUUAUUAUAUUUGAAAGUUAAAAUUUAAGCUAUUAGAAAACUUCGACCAGAUAUAUAAUUUUAGGUCGAUAUAUAAUUUUAUUGUAACAGUAAUAUCUGGUUAUUUUUCUUUUACUAUCUACAUAUAAUCAAAACAUCGCAACAUUUUUUAUGAUAUUUAGAAAUCUAGAAAGAGUUGUGAUUUCCUCCGUGUGGGGAUUCUGCCCACUGACGCUCGUCGCCACUGUUGGGUAUUCUCUCAUCCUGCCGAUUUUUGACUGUGUCCUCCAUCAGUCCUCGGUGAGGUAUUGGCCCGACCUGGGAAGGCCUUCCUGUUGUUCUUUUCCUGGUGUGGGUGUGGCAGUGGCUCCUCUGAAUUGUUCACCCGUUUUUCUCCGUUCAGGUUACGUGACCGGCCCUUCUCUUUUUUAACCAUAAACAUUCACGUGGGGGGAUGCUAAAUCCUCGCUAGUGUCCUUUGUGCCAUUUCUCAGAGAAAUCGCUCUGACACCGUGCUGCAGCCGCUUACACCCCUCAUGCAUCAGCUUAUUCCCCUCUGACUUGUUGAGAAUUGUCUGAAGUAAAUAUCCGGUGUCCCCAAGAAAAUCAUUGGUCUGCAGGCAGUGACCAGAAACUUUGGAUCAGUGACAGGACUGCUGUUUCCUGACUGCACCCAGCCCAGUCACCACUUCCUGGCCAACUUAAGUCCCGUAAACUGAUAGACAUAGGACAAGAUCUGCUCCUUCAUUCUCCAUAUUCAAAUUGCAACUUUAAAGCCAAAAUGACCAUUCAGAGUUUAACUUUGUCUUGUUAGAAAUAUGGGGUUUUUGUUUUGUUUUUAAAAUGAAAAAGUGAAAAAAGGUUUAAUGAUUUUUUUACUGGCUUUUUUAACUCUUAUAGAAAAUUUAAGUUUGAUUCAUUUUGGUUCUUUUUUUUUUUACUGUCCUUUGAAUAUGAAGGAUGAACAAAUAGUAUUAUUUUUCUUGUUAUGGCCACACUUCAUUUUAAAAUGCUGCUUUAAAUCACUUAUGCUUAAUUUGGAAAGGCUCAUUUUUAUGAAUUAUGACCACCCCCCCACCCCUGAAAAAAGCUAUUUUCCUUAGGGUGUUUGGAAGUAGUAGCAAGAUUUUAAAUUCUGAGCAAACUCUAACUUUGGCAGCACACACAGCCAGUUACAUAUACGGCGUUCUCUCCAUUAACUUCAGGCAGUUGAAGCCUGUUGUUGACCUGGAGGAUAGCAGGGCCACCUCCUGACUGCCCAGUUGGAUUCCCAGGCCCCCUGACCGGCGAGGCUGCCCUCAGUGUUGUCCUCAUGUCCUCUGUCAGCAUUCCUGGGGCUAUUGGCAUUGCUUUAUCUUCCCCUUCCUCUGAGUGAACAGCUCUCCCAUUCCUUUUUCUGUACGUGAUACAAGAGCAAAAAGAAUUAGCCUAGCACAUGGGGAAAGCACUAUAUUCACUUCACAGAAAGCAAAGCGGAAGAAAAACCUCAGACAAAUCCACUAAAACCAGGUUUCUUUGGGCUAAGCCCCUCUGGGGCUAGCUUAUAAUUCCCAAAUAAUUGUCCCUCUAGGACUUUUCAAGUUAAAAUUUUCUGUGCAGCCUAGAUCUUUAUAGUAGGGUUUUUUGGGUUUUCUCUAGUUUUGUCAUUUGCCAUGUGUCUUGAGUUGUGUUUCCUAGGUGUAUGUUUGUUUUUUGCAAGAGUCCCUGUUAAACAGGAGAGGGUUAGAAUGGAGCAAUUGUAGCGUCCGAGGAGAGAACAGAGAAAUCCGUUAAUGGUUGUUGUCUUUUGUCUUCAGAGAAGACCAGAAUGACAUUACUACGUUGGGGUCGUGGUACAGUGUGCGCGACCAUGGCUGAGCUCAGAAGGCUCCAUCACAGGUUGGCCACAAAUAGUCCACACGAACAUUUGGGGUGGAGAUGGCUCUAAAUUUGCACAUCUCACAUUUCUUUUGAGCUACUCAAUUCUGCUUUGCUCAUAGAGCACAAUGCCUUCUUUGAUGCUGGCAUGCCAAAUUAGGGACACCACAGAGCUGAGAAGAGUCAAGGAGAGAGAGGUAGAAUGAGGAAAGUCACAGUCCCAUUCUCAGAACUCCUAAAGCAAGGAGAUAAGGACAUUUGGGUUUGAAUUUGGGUUUGUGCUUCUCUGCUACUACCACCCUUGCCAUUAGUCAGGAUCGACUGAAGUGAUACUCUCUUGGCAUAUGGUGUUUCUGUUAUGAUAUCUGUCGUGGCUUUUCACACAUUUUGCUUAAAAAAAAUUCCUGAAUCUUUCUGACUGUAAACUCUAUAGACAUGUUAAAUGAAUUCACGUUCAAGAUAGGUAAGAGAUUCUGUAUAAACAAAUCAACAAAAAUACUGUUGUAUAUACACACACAUAUAUAUUAUACAUCAUUUAUAUACGUGUGUGUGUGUGUGUGUGUGUGUGUGUGUGUAUAUAUAUAUAAAAUAUAUAUAUAUGUAGACUGUCACUGCUGCAUACACUGGCGAAAGUUAGUGGUCUGGAUGUCUUCAAAUAUUUACUUUUGUAACAGUAUUUAUUGAUGUAAUUCCACCAGCAGCUUUAAUUAUAUUGUAAGCUAAUAGAUAGAAGACUAGAUGGUCAAAUGGUACAUUCAACCGUAACCAUAUCUAGUGGAUAUAGAAAUCUUUUACUGUAACAUGGAGUAACAAGUUCACUAUUCGAUGAUAAACAGUAUUAAAGCUCAGUAUUUUAUGUAUUUUUAGGAUUUUUAAAGACUAUUUCUUGUUUUGAUGUGAGGAUGGGUAAACACAACUGUAACACGUCUUCUGCCUCUCUCCCCACUCCCACCUCCCACAUGGGGUAAUGUUUAUAUUGUGAAUUAGGCUACAAAAGAGCUGGACAGAGUAGACUUAUAAAAUAAGCCAAUGAAAUCCAAGAGAGAAUGAAUGGAUGGAUGGAUUGGGAAGAACAUAUCACAGCACUGUAUUUUUAUGGAUUUUCUGACAGUUUACUUGUAUUAUGUAUGUUAAAUUUUAAAUUGUGAAAACAUGUAUGUUUCCUAA